UGUCGCAGGGCGAUGACGUCAGGCGGCGCGCGGAGGGGCCGCCGGCGCCGGGAUGCACCGGCGGGGGGUGGGCGCGGGCGCCAUCGCCAAGAAGAAGCUCGCGGAGGCGAAGUACAAGGAGCGGGGGACGGUGCUGGCCGAGGACCAGCUGGCCCAGAUGUCUAAGCAGCUGGAUAUGUUUAAGACCAACUUAGAGGAGUUUGCCAGCAAACACAAGCAAGAGAUCCGUAAAAAUCCCCAGUUUCGGGUCCAGUUCCAGGAUAUGUGUGCAACAAUAGGAGUGGAUCCUUUGGCAUCCGGUAAAGGAUUCUGGUCAGAGAUGCUGGGAGUUGGAGACUUUUACUAUGAACUGGGUGUGCAGAUUAUUGAAGUUUGUCUGGCUCUGAAGCACAGGAAUGGAGGUCUGAUAACACUGGAAGAACUUCAUCAGCAAGUGCUGAAGGGAAGGGGGAAGUUUGCUCAGGAUGUCAGCCAGGAUGAUCUCCUUCGUGCAAUCAAGAAGCUGAAGGUCUUGGGGAAUGGCUUUGGGAUUAUUCCUGUUGGUGGAACAUAUCUGAUCCAGUCUGUACCAGCUGAACUGAACAUGGAUCACACAGUCGUCUUGCAGCUGGCAGAGAAAAAGGGAUAUGUAACAGUCGGUGAGAUCAGAUCCAGUCUAAAGUGGGAGACAGAACGAGCAAAGCAGGUGCUGGAACACUUGCUGAAGGAAGGAAUGGCCUGGCUGGAUACACAGGCAGCAGGAGACCCUCAGUACUGGCUGCCUGCUCUCUUUACAGAGCUGUACUCUCAGGAAAUCACUCCAGAGGAAGCCAAAGAGGCAAUACCUUGACUGCUAAGUAUUCUGUGCCUGUAUAUAAUUCUUCUUGUGAGAUUAUUUGCAUAUCACCUGAAACACAGGGACAGUGGACUUUAAAUAAAGUUUUCUAAAAAGUG